AUGCGAGGACCGCCUCCAAUCGACCUGGGCCUCUUCAAGAAGCUUUCGAUCACACUCCUUUCAUUUCAAAUCGGCAUUUCCAACGGUUUUGAGGACCAUCCGCCAACUAGCAACCAAGUCAUUCAUAACCGCCAGAUCAAAGGAACCACUGAAGUCACGAUCCCCAUCAAAGGCCAUACUAUCUACCCUCCUUUCGUAGAUACAGAUCUGCAGAAUCGGUGGUUCGACUUUGGUGGUUCAGCAAUCAUUGAUACGAAUCGACAUGUCCGAUUAACCCAAAAUCGAGCAUCUGAGGCUGGCUACUUAUGGUCGAGAUAUCCACUCACUCAGCCCAGCUUCCAAGUCGAGGUAGAAUUUAAGAUCGAUGGCGACUCUUCUUCCCUGUAUGGAGAUGGAAUGGCAGUCUGGUUGAGUAAACCCUCCCAGCAACUUGGUCCGGUUUUUGGCUCCGCUGAUCACUGGGAUGGAUUCGGAAUUUUCAUUGAUACAUUUCCAAAUGCAAGACAUUCGUACGCCUUCCCGCGGAUUUUGGGGAUGAUCAACAACGGGUAUAAAUCAUUUGACGUAGGAGAAGACGGGGACGGUCAAGAAGCAGGUGCAUGCUCGUAUUUGGUACGGCGCUCAGAUGUGUCUACCAAACUGCAAAUCAAUUACGUUCGGGGACGAUUCCUGGAGCUAUUAGUUCAACAUGAUAAAUGGGACGAAUGGGAUCAUUGCUUUACAGUAUCAAACUACACUCUACCCGAGAACAUAUUCUUAGGAUUCUCAGCUCAUACGGGCGAAGUUAGUGACGCACACGACAUCCUCUCAGUAUCAACAAACGGAUUAGUUUAUCAUCCACCAAAGACGCAAAAGACGGGCUCGAAAUCUUAUCCUGAAUGGAAUGGUAACACGUCUGGUGGGAUCGGAUCGGGUGCACUUGGCUUUUGGGGGUCUCUGGGAGCUUAUCUGUAUCUGGCCAUUAAAUGGUCCUUUAUUCUUGCUUGUGUCGGGCUGGCUCUCUUUGGUGGCAAAAAGUACUUCUCGAAAUACCAGGCAGAGGUUAUGAAGAAAUUCUGA